AUGAUACCAUAUUUUACAGGUUUGGGCAUAGGUCUUGUGGCUAGUGGCAGCUCAAUCAUUUUACUUUUAGUGCUCGCCACCCCGUUUAUAGCACGCAAAAUGAAGUUAAAUAGGGCAAACAAACUGAAAAGAAGAUUGUUCAAGCAAAAUCAUGGGUUGCUAUUGCAACAACUAAUAUCCCAGAAAACAGAUUUUGGUGAAAGGAUGAUCAUUCCUUUGUUGGAUCUAGAGAAGGCCACAAACAAUUUUGAUAGAACUCGUGAGGCUGGCGGCGGAGGCCACGGUGUUGUGUAUAAAGGAAUUUUAGACCUACAGGUUGUCGCCAUCAAGAAAUCCAAGAUCGUCGUACAGAGAGAAAUCGAUGACUUCAUAAACGAGGUUGCAAUUCUUUCCCAAAUCAACCAUAGAAAUGUUGUUAAGCUAAUCGGAUGUUGUCUUGAGACAGAAGUCCCAUUACUAGUUUAUGAGUUCAUUUCAAAUGGUACUCUUGAUCACCAUCUUCAUGUUGAAGGCCCAAUGUCACUGUCAUGGGAUGAUCGAACAAGGAUUGCGCUUGAAGUUGCUAGAGCUCUUUCUUAUCUCCAUUCUGCUGCUUCGAUGCCAAUUUAUCACAGGGAUAUUAAAUCAACCAACAUACUUCUUGAUGAUAAUUUGACAGCAAAGGUAUCAGACUUUGGAGCUUCAAGAUACAUCCCAAUCGACCAAACCGGGGUGACUACAGCCGUGCAAGGAACAAUAGGCUACUUAGACCCCAUGUACUAUUAUACCGGUCGCCUAACAGACAAGAGUGAUGUUUUCAGUUUUGGUGUUCUUCUUGUAGAACUCCUAACUAGAAGAAAACCAUGCCUCUACCGUAGUGGUGGCAACGACGGUGUUAGUCUCGUUUCACAUUUUAUUUCACUACUCGCAGAAGGCAACCUUGAUGAGAUAAUAGAUCCUCAACUCAUAGAAGAGGAAAAUGGGGAAGUCCAGGAGGUAGCUAUGCUAGCAGCGAUGUGCAUUAAAUUGAAGGGAGAAGAGCGGCCUACCAUGAGGGAAGUGGAGAUGAAACUUGAAAUUCUGAGAGUUAACAUGCGUGCGGCACCUGAUACUGCUGCACCAAGGAGAUAUGAUGGAGGUCAAGAUGGAUCUCUAUGGAUGCCAGCUGAAGGAGUUGUUGUGGAAGCAAGCAGGCAAUACACUAUGGAGGAAGAAAUAUUAUUGUCUGCAAGUUAUCCUCGAUGA